GGAGUCAACCAUCAUUACCUGUGUCAUCGUCACAAACAACACACCCUUCAACAGUUUACUGGUGCACCUGUGUCUCAGGUGUCGACAGAGAGAGAGAGAGAGUUAAACAUCGUCACUUUACAGCUCCUGAAGGACUCCAGCUACAGAUUUGUGAAUUUCACCACUAAGCCUUCUCCUCCUCCCAUGAGACUUGUGACAUCAUGAGGACAUACCUGUUCCUACUGGUUUACGUACUUGGGAGUUGCUUUGGGGCAUCGAGUGCAAAAAGAAAUGCAACCUGCACGACAAGAGAAGCAUGUGGUCAGGUGCCAGAUCCGACCUCUCACUUCCUCCAGUGUGUGGGACUGCCAUCGAACGACACCGGGAGAGAUCACAUGCGGAGGCUGAAAGAAAUGCUUGGAGCGACGAUGGAUGUCUACACAUUCAUGAGGUCCAGCAUGGAAGGAGUGCCAUUUCUCAGCCUUCAGGGGGAGCUGGCAUUUAACCCAAGAGCAGACCCCCUCCAGAACGAAGCCCUGGUCCAGAUGUGGAUGGAGGUCAAGAUAAAACCGCUGCUGAAAUCUAUCACCAAGCAUUUCCUGGCCUGCCUCAGUACCAAGAACUUCAGCUGCUCCACCUACCAGACUGUGGUGAGGGAGCUCAGCCACCAUUAUUCUGAGAUGAAUCCUGUCAGACAAAAGUGGAUCUACACAUUCUUUAUGUACCCCUUUCUGUCUGGAGACAGAGUAGCUGGUUGUGUGAGCCGACAUGAGAGCAGUGAGGAGUGGUUGAUGAAGAAUUUUGGUGCCUUCAGAGCCAUGGCCCGGUUGAAGGACUUUUCAACACUCAACAUGGUCUUCAGUGGAUUGGAGGUUCUUCACCUGCUGUCUCCAGUGCAGAAGGCCGAGCUGCUGCUGAGGCCUGAGGUCGCAAGUUUAGAUAACGGCGCCCUAAGCCUGGUCUUUCACAGUUUGAUGACAGGGGGCCCUGGCCCUCCCCCCACAGGCAGCCCUGGAGGUGGUCACCCCUGGACAACCCCUGGAGGGGGCUACAACUGGACGACUCCAAGUGGUGGCCACAACUAUACGACCCAUGGUGGUGGCCACAACUGGACGACCCAUGGUGGUGGCCACAACUGGACGACCCCGAGUGGUGGCUACAACUGGACGACCCCGAGUGGUGGCUACAACUGGACGAGCCAUGGUAGUGGCUACAACUGGACGAGCUAUGGUGGUGGCUACAACUGGACCAAUGGUGGUGGCUACAACUGGACGAGCUAUGGUGGUGGCUACAACUCGACGAGCUAUGGUGGUGGCUACAACUGGACCAAUGGUGGUGACUACAACUGGACGAGCUAUGGAUACCCUACCUACUCUCCAUAUCCCACAUAUAGCAUUACAUACCAACCACCGUCCCAUCAGGACAACCUCAGAACGGUUGUUAAUGACUUCAUGUCGGUUUUCAAACCCGUUGGGCGCCUCGUUCAUGACUUUGUGUCCUUCACAAAAGAGAGGGAUGUGUCAGAAAUAAGAAGCACCACUCUGGCACAGUUCCUGAUCAACUGGGGACUGGCUGAGCUGGCAGACGCGAUACAGCCAAAAAAUAUAUCUACAGUUCCAGAGGGACCGAAGUUUGAUGUGACAAAUGUGGAGGAUUGGUAUGAGCAUGUCGUGACGCCGGUGUUACGGAGAUUCCUUCCAAACGAGGCCCUGAUGCAUCCAAACAUCACACUGGCUUUCUACCAAGUGUUCCAUCUGGAUCAUGGUAUUAUGGGCAAUGAAACUUCUGAAAUCCAGGAUGUCUGUAGCAUCACUCUUGACAAUAGCCCUUGCGGGCUUACUGAUGCGGUGGCAAAUGUGGCCAAUAUUUUGCAUUGUGCUGCUCGUAGCAAUCUGACAAUGUCCGAGGAGACGGUCAUGAGAUUGAUUGCGGAGCUGACAGAACGUCUGAACUUACUGAUUAAAGAGUUGUCCACAGCGAACUUCAAAGAGUUGGCGUCCGACUUUCAGCAGAUCUUUGGCGAGGCGGACCCUCCGUCUCUGACCCAGGAACACCUGGAGGACCCGAACUACAUCGAGCUCUGGUUUCAGAUCAAACUGGUGCCCCUCCUGCCCAACGUACCCACGGACCUCCUGUCCUGCCUCAGCACCAAGAACUUCUCCUGCCCAGUUUUCCAAACCAUUGUGGCAGCAUUCAGCAAAUAUGAGCGUUAUACCUAUCCUAAUUAUGACAUCUAUAAGCACUUCAUCUAUCCCUUCCUGCUGCAUCACAACGACUCUGACCCCCAGUGUGUCUCCUCAGCCAAUAACAGCGCAGAGUGGCUGAUCAAAAACUUUGGUGUCUAUUCAAAAGUCCCUUCCAUCACUGACUUCUACAAACUCAACCCAAGCUUCUCUGGACUGGAGGUUCUUCACCUCUUGUCUCCAAGACAAAUAGCACAGUUGCUGCUGUUGCCUCUUCCUACUCCACCUGAGAAAGACGUUGUUAUCGACCGAGUAUUUGACUUCCUGUUGGAGAACCCUGAAGACGGGAAACUUCUAGAGGUCCUGAGCUACCUGCGCUAUUCCAUCUAUGGGGCCAAUGUAUCCUGUGAGGUCUACCAACAAAUUUUUGAGAGAUUGUACGGAGCCAUACCACUUCUGCCACAAAACGUGGAAGCAGUCAUCUGGGGUUACAUAGACCAACUGAGAAACUUGGUGCCAGAUGAGUGCGUGCCAAAAAACUUCGCGUGCCCAGUAAUCCAGUCCAAUGGUACUAACAUCUGCAGAGGAGUUAACAGCUCUGACCUGCACUCUCACUUGAACACAUCUAUGGAGGUUCCCUGCAAUAUUCCCCUGGAGACGUAUGCAUGUGCACAGCUGGAGAACUUCACAGCCAAUCAGCUGGUGUCUCUUCUGAAGUGCAGUCUGCCUAGUUUCAGCAGGCAGUCCAGGGUGCUGUGGAAGCUGCUGCUGACGAAGCUGUCCCCCAUCUUGGACCCGGCUCUGGACAUGUUGGCUAACACGUCCAUGGUUGGUCCAUCUGCGUCUGCGGUUUUGGACGUGAUUGGAGAGAUCAGAGUGUCGAUGCUGACUGAGGAGCAGCUGAUGAACGGCAGCGUCAUCAGGAAGUGGUUCUCCGGCCGUCUGAGCGCGUUCCUGCCGUUUGCAUCUGUAAGGUUCCUGCACUGUCUGAGCAGCAGGAACCUCAGCUGUCAUUCAUACCAGCUAAUACUGCAGGAAUUUAUCCACCAUUUUGACAACAUAUCCACAAGGCAACAAGUAGUGGUCGCCGAGGAUUUCAUCGUCCCUUUCCUGUCGCGGCCACACUCAGGUCCCGGCUGUGUGUCUGUCUCCAACGGCAGUGCAGAGUGGCUGAUGGAGAAUCUGGGUCCCUUCUCACGGUUUUUGUCCGUCAAAGAGAUGCUUCAGCUCAACCCACAGUUCAAACCUCUGGAGGUCCUACAACUCCUGACUCCGCUUCAGAGUGCAGAGCUGCUGCUGCUGAUUCUUCCUACGUCUCUGGAGAAAGAUGUCAUCAUAAAUACAAUCUUUGAUCACCUGACUGAGUCUCCUGAUGAGAGGGAUUUGCAGCUGUUCCUGGUUUACCUCAUCAUAUUUCUCCCCCAGGGAAAUCUUUCCUGUUCAUCAUACAGAACACUGUUUACCAGACUGGACUUGGCCACACCUACAGCUUCUCUUAAUACAGUGUCAUACAUCACAAACACCAAGACACAGUUAUCCAAGUACAUACCACCAGGUUGCAUCAUAUACAGUGGACAGUGCAAUGUUGUCAUGGCAAAUGAAAGCAACAUUUGUGCUGGAGUGAACAGCACAAUACUGCAGCUCCACCUCAACAGCGGAUUGAUGAACGGACGCUUCUGUGAUUUUGCUGUUGAGGAAUUCGCCUGUGCCUCGCUGGUGGCGUUGAAAGCAGAGGAUCUGGCGGCCAUAUUGGCGUGUAAUCACUCCUCCAACUCCAGCGGCUCGAGACCCGUCUGGAAGCUUCUCCUCUCCAAUGCCUCACUCGUGCUGGACGCAGCUCUGGAUCUUCUAACCAACACGACUCUGGACCCCAGAAAUCCUGCAGUGUCGAUGGUUUUGGACUCUAUACGAGAAAUCCGAUUGGACACGUUUGGCGUCGCCAGCCUCAAUAAUCCCGCCUUCAUCCAGCUGUGGUUUAACCGCCGGCUGCGCCCAUUCCUGCCCGCCAUUUCUCCUGACUUCCUCUCAUGCCUCACCACAAAGGGGUUGAACUGCAGCACCUACCAGCAAAUCGUGCAGAUUUUGAGCCGUCUCCAGCCUCACAUGACUCUCGCCAGGCAGGUUUCUGUCUACACUCACUUCAUCAGGGUUUUCCUGACCAGGAAUAACACCGCAGACUCCAGCUGCAGCUCAAACACUAUCAACAGCGGAGAAUGGCUGCAGAGGAACUUGGGAGGUUUCUCUGUCCUCGUGUCCUUCAACGACCUGCAGCUGCUCUAUUCCAACUUUUCGGCGAUGGAAGCUUUACCACAGCUGACAGUCAGACAGCUGGCAGAGGUGUCCUCCACACCUGGCCAGCUCACCUCUGCUGACCAGGUUUUCAUGGUGAUGAGACAUAUCCCCGACCGAUUCUUCCCCGCCUUCUUUGAUUACUUCUCACCUGCGAUCAUGGGUCAUGAAAACAUGUUCCAGUCCGCGGUGAGGUCAGCCAUGUUGCAAGUUGUGUUUGAACGGGCAAAUCUCUCCGAUCACUUGGUGGGUGAUUCAGUCGUGUCGCAGUGGUUCCACAACCGACUGCGCCCCCUGCUGGUCAACCUGUCGCCGCGUCACGUUGCACCAUUCUUCAGAAUACUGGCAGGAAGAAACUGCAGUAUCGAGCAGCAGGGAGUCGAGAACCUGAAUUCAACAAUCUCCUCUCUCAGUGAAGAUACAAAAAAAGAAAUCCACAACCACAUCGUUCAGCUUCUCAAAGGACCAAUUCCUCUUCAGUGCUACGGCGACAACUUCAACCACAGUUUCUACAGUUUCCUGGAGCGCUCGUUCGGGGGCUUCCAGUUCCCCAACCUGACCACCUUCCUGUCCCUCAUGCCUCACGACAGGAUGCAUCAGCUGGUGAACUCCAUGCCUCCAUCAGCUCUCGGAGAUUUUCUCCGUCGCCCUGACGUCGUCGACAACGAUGCAGAGCUCUGUGUGAUCUACGACAACUUCAUCCAGACGCCGAUGUUCCUGGAGACCGAGUACCUCCCGGCGGUGGUGCGGCGGCCCACGCUGCCUUGCGUCUGGCGCAGGGCGAUAAGCAGCUCCGAGAGGUCAGAGGUCAACGCCUGGUUUGACCGACGCCUACAUAACUACUUGGGCUUCCUCACAAAGAGUCUGAUCAGCCCCAAUAGAACACACAACGCCUCCUGCCUGGCCUUCCAAAAGAUCGUUUCAGUUCUUGGUGAAUACAACUACACUGCUGUAGACUUUAUGAGACCAGACGUGUUCAACACCAUCAGAGCCUACCUCACCUCAGCGACGGUGCCAAGGUGUUACAACCCAAGCAACCCAGAACUAAACUCCACAGCCUGGUUUGCUGAGUACAUCGGCCCUUUCAUGCCUUUCCUCACUCUGGAGGAUCUUCUGAUGUUUGGAUCGGAUGAGGUUAUCCAGGAGUUCACAGUGAACCCUGUGAACAUCGCCAUCCUCAACCACACCACUUUACCUCUCAACUUCAUCGAAUACUACACUGAGCUCGUCUAUAAACAGGACAUCAACUUCUACCCCUUACUACUUCCUCUGUUGUAUCGGUGUUUCGCUUCUGGUCCAGCAUUCACCCAGCUGGCAUCACAAGAAAGUAUAAUGGUUCUGCACAACCUGUCCAUUAUCUGUACAGCCCUGGACUCACAGAUUACUGCAGCUUUGGCGGGUAACCUCGGUGGCGACAUCGAUGCCACGGCCAUUUCUUCCCUCGGCAACGGAAGCACCGGCCUGUCCACCGGUCAGAUCAAGACGAUAGACCCUCUGGACCUGUAUGAUGCCCUCACCACUCUCAGCGAUGUGACGGGCUGGGAUGAAGGUCAGGCCAAGGCCAUCAUCCAGGCUCUGUUGUCUUCAGGGAUGAUGCAGAUCAACAGCACGUCGUCGUUGCUCAUGCUGGGCUCUCUUGUUGUGGGUGUACCAGCGGAAACGUUCAGCAGCAUCAGCGGCUCCGAGCUUAUUACUGCAUCUAAAAAUCCUUCAUUUCUGGAACACAUAGCGUCCGCUCCACAGGUCGUCCAGGAGCUCUUUGUUGCUCAGAUCAUAUCAGUGAACAGCGACAGUGACAAGAUCAUACUGAACGUUCCAGAUGAAUUGGCCUCUGAGAUCCCUCGUGCUCUGCUGCUGGGCCUCUCAAAUACCGGCAGCACUAUCGACACACUCAACAACAAGAAAUGGGAACGGGACCAGGUUGAGUUGUUCUUUGACAUAAUGGCUGCGGAAUCAGCGACCGCAGAGCUGGGAAGUCCAAACAAUUUAUCGUCCUCUGUGCUACAAGGGUUCACAUGCACCGGAGUGAGGUCUGUUCAGAAGGCACAGAUCAAUAAGUUGAUCAAAGCCUGUCGGAGGACAGGCAGCAACAAGGUCACACUGGAGGAGACUCAGUUGACCUGCAUGUACAACCACAUUAAAGAGGAGUCAGAUGCCACCAGCUUCGACCUCUAUCCUCAUGAUAUGCUGCUGUACUAUGAUUACCCCAUGGUGCCACAGUCCAGCUGCAGGUCCUAUUUUGAACAGCUGUCAAAAGCAGAUUUCUCUGUCUUCUCCUCCGCCCUCAGCUACAAACAGACCGCUCUGUUUGAUAACGCCAGGAGCUGCCUGGAUAUAACAAACACGAGUUUGACUAAGGAUGAUAUAUCGGUGUUGGGAAACAUGUGCUGCGUUCUGGAUGGAUCCUACAUCGAGACCUCUGACCCAUCCAUCUUGGAAGAACUCAAGGACUGCAAGGACCUCGACAGCGCUCAAGCGGCUGCUGUUGAAGCGCUACUGCAGAGCGGGGCAACACAGUACGGAGCACCAUCAACAUGGAACGAAGAUACUCUGAAGGACCUUGGGAUGUUACCGCUGUAUUUGACCUCAACCUUUUACAAUUACUUUGACAAAGAAACGAAGCGGGACUUCUUGAGUUACUUCCUGAAAGUUACUGAGAGCAACGGAGUGAGCAGACAGAAUGAGAAGACGCUGAAGGAAGAACUAAGAAAAUCCCUUCAAAAGAGGUCAAAGCGAUCUAUCUCAACUGAGUGCACUGUAGGAACCAUCACCCAGGUGACCAUCAGCGCUGCCACGUUCCCCUUCGAUUAUGACGACAUAAAUCAGUUCAACUGCUGCCUCAGCGCCUCGACCGUUAAAGACAACCUGGAGGCCAUCACUGACAAGGUGGACCAGGAGGAGUACCUCAAGAUUGUUCUCAGCAAGCUGCGAGAGGCUUACGCUGCGGACUCUACCAUCCCAGAAGAUCAGGUUCAGCUCCUAGGCCCAGCGUCCCGUGUGGCCACUAUUGUUGACAUCAACAUGUGGAACAUCACUCAGAUCGACACACUCUCCGCUUUGAUGAACUCGAUGAACGGGCCGUGGGACUCGAGCCUGGCGAAGGCCAUCAUCACUAAGUAUCUGAGUAACGCAGGGAACAAACUGGGCAGUUAUGAGCUCAACGCCAUCGGAGGAGCCAACCUGUGCUUCCUGGAUGUCAGCGUUUUGGAGAGCAUUACCCCAGCAAGCCUCAAAGACGCCAACGCCCUGACGGUGACCAGCUGCAGCAUGGAGAAAAAGAAAGCACUGUUCAUCAUCGCCAGAGAAGCAUUUGCCACAAAUACCCGCUCAACUGUCCCUCCUACCACCUACCAGCUCAUACAAGCUUUCCUAGGGGGUGCAAAUGUAACCUACGUCAGAAGUUUGGCGACCUCCAACCCCAACAUGGACUUGGCUACCCUCAUCAGUUUGGAUGAGAACGUUUUACUGAGCCUGACUGUUAGCGAGGUUCAAGGUCUGCUUGGCACCAACUUGCCAGAUUUAAAGUCCUAUGAAAACCAAACAGUGGUAAGUAACUGGAUCAGCAGGCAGUCCCGGUCAGCCCUUAACGCGCUGGGACUGGGGCUUCUGGGAGGAAGGGUUGACUCUACAGCCUCCACCAACUCUACGACCAACACCACUGCCGCUCCAACCUCCUCCAACUCUGCAGCCGCCUCCACUGCCGCUCCAACCUCCUCCAACACUGCGGCCGCCUCCACUGCCGCUCCAACCACCUCCAACUCUACGGCCACCGCCACUGCUGCUCCAACCUCCUCCAACUCAAUGGCCGCCUCCACUGCCGCUCCAACCUCCUCCAACUCUACGGCCGCCUCCACUGCCGCUCCAACCUCCUCCAACUCAACGGCCGCGUCAACUGCCGCUCCAACCUCCUCCAACCCUACAACCACCACCAUCACCACCACCACCACCACCAGCUCUCCAACCACCACCAGCUCUGUGACCACCAGCACCAGCUCUCCAACCACCACCAGCUCUGUGACCACCACCACCAGCUCUGUGACCACCACUACAGGUAACAAUGGCGCCCACAUCCGAGCUGACGCUGGCUUCUCCUUCCUCAUUCUCCUCACACUCCUCACCGCUUCUCUUGUAUGAGGAAACACAUGGCUGAUCAUUGUAACUGAUAAAUAUAUAUCCACUAAUAGAAGGAGAUGCUGUGUAGCUACAUGCUACAUUUUAUUGCUUACUUGAACAUUUAAAUGUGCAAUAACAACACAGUAGGUGUUAUAAUAAUAAUAAUCGUAAUAAUUAGUUGAUCCCGAGUAUGUAUGCUCGGAAACCUUUUCACACUUUUUUUAGGCACAUAUAUUUGCUAUAUAUAUAUAUAUAUAUAUUUUUUUUUUUUUUUUCCCCCUGGUGGUUCAGUUGUUUUAAUUGUUAAAAUUAAUGGUGAAAUUAACAAAAAAAAAAAUGAAGAUGACAGUUUCUGCUGUAUUUGUGUCAAUGUAAUCCAGAGUGUCCUUUUGGAAAUAGCACUUUCUUCAGGUAGGCUUACCUUGCCUGGAGCUUUAUGAGAUUAAUAAUAAAUGCAUAUUUUAUAUCGUUGCACAAUCAUUAAAGCUCGUCACUUGCUUGUU